AUGGUUUCAAAUUAUCGUUGCUCUCGUUUCCGCCAUUUUUUUUUAUAUAAAUUCGUAACGAAAAAUAAUAAUUACUGGAGAAAAAAAGGAAUCACCCAAACGACUCCUGUACCAAUAUUCGGGGAUCAAAUUCCAUUUGUUUUCCAUACAUCGGAUCCCGCUGAAUUCAUAACGAAUUUGUAUAAUCGAUUUGAAAAAAAAAUAUUUGGGAUUUACAUGUUUUUAAAACCUUGUUUACUCGUACGGGAUCCGGAAUUGAUAAAACUCGUCAUGAUAAAGGACGCUGAAUGUUUUACAAACAGAUACACUUGGUUCGAAGCUUCGGAUUAUUUAUUAAAUAAAAAUUUGACAAUGUUAAAAGACGAAAAAUGGAAAACUUUAAGAUCCGUCAUGACCACUGUUUUCACGGGUGCUAAAAUGAAAGACAUGUUUAUAUUCAUGGACAAAUGCGCUGAACAAUCCGUACAGUACCUGGACAAGCAAAUUAGGAAUCAAUCUGGAAAAGAUGAUUCAAACGUUUUGGAAUUGGAAUUAAAAGAAUUUUUUUCUCGUUACGGCACUGAUGUAGUAGCAAGCACGGCUUUCGGACUGGAAUUGAAUUCGUUCGAAGAUCCAAAAAAUGAAUUUUUCCAGAUCGGCGUCGAAUUACGAGACAAAUUUAAAUCUUUUCCAUUGUUUAAAACUUUUUUCACGGUUUUAUUUCCAAAAUUAUCAAACGCACUCGGCAUAUCGUUCUUUGGUAAAAACAUAAACAAUUUUUUUUUAAAAGUCGUCGACGAAAACAUAAAAAACAGAGAAAAACACAACAUUGUGCGUAAGGACGUCAUACACGUUCUUAUGGAAGCGAGAAAAAAUAAAAAUUUUUCUUCCGACAACGAAGAAUACGGACGUGGAAAAAUUCCAGAUUUGACAAAUGCCGACAUUGCCGCGCAAUCCGUGUCGUUUUUCUUCGGCGGAUUCGAUAUAUUAGCGACGGCCCUUGGUUUUCUAUGUUACGAACUCGCCAUCAAUCCGGAAGUUCAACAACAUUUACACGAUGAAAUAGAACAAAUCAUGGACAGGGAAAAUGAAAUAACCUACGAUGACGUCAUGUUUAAAAUGUCUUAUUUGGACAUGGUGGUAAAAGAAGCGUUAAGAAAAUGGCCGUCGGCAGGAAUAACCGAUAGGGAAGUAUCAAAAACCUAUGAUUUUCCUAAAACCGAAGAUAAUCCGGAAUUUAAAUUGAACAAAGGGGAUCUUUUACUACUUCCGAUUAUCGCUUUACACCGGGAUCCAAAAUAUUUCCCAAAUCCGGAUAAAUUUGAUCCUGAAAGGUUUCGAGAUGAAAAAAAUUCAAUUGUUCCGAUGAGUUUCAUGCCUUUCGGUGGAGGUUUAAGACAUUGCAUAGCUUUAAGGUACGCAAUGAUGGAAAUGAAAAUAGGUAUCGUUCAUUUGAUAAAAAAUUUUAUCAUCGUACCAACAGCCAAAACGAGCAUACCGUUGAAAUUGAAAAAAAAUUCAGGUUUUGUUCUUCUACCGGAAAACGGAUUUUGGUUGGGUUUAAAACAAAGAAUUUAA